UUGCUUCACCGUGCCGAAUCGAAUGUAGGCUGAGCUGGUUAUUUAUUUGUAAACUUAUAACACAUUUACUAUUUAUUUUGAUUAUAUAAUUAUUACUUUUAUUCGUGUCUUUAAAACAUAGAACUUAUCUAAUUUUAUGACUAGUCUAUACGAAUGCAAAUUCAUCAUUAUAUGUAAAUUAUAGGUAAUGUCAUACACUGAGCUUGAACAUGGGUAUCAAGGAUUACGCCAAGCUUCUCGUCAGCCACAGUUUUACGUCGGAGACGACGGCAACCUUGUACCCAUAAGGUCGCCGGGCGAGUUGGAUCUGUGCGACACGUUGGACCCGCACUGCGAUGGUGGCAAGAAAGUGGUGGUCGGCGUCUGCGCCAUGGCCAAGAAGUCGCAGUCGAAGCCCAUGAAGGAGAUCCUCACGCGGCUCGACGAGUUCGAGUACAUCAAGAUGCUCGUCUUCCCUGAGGAGGUUAUCCUUAAGCAACCAGUGGAGGAGUGGCCUAUCUGCGACUGUCUAAUUUCGUUUCACUCGAAGGGCUUCCCAUUAGACAAAGCUAUACAGUACGAGAAGUUAAGGAAACCGUAUGUUAUAAACAAUCUACACAUGCAGUAUGAUAUUCAGGAUCGCAGGAAAGUGUACGCUAUAUUAGAGAGCGAGGGUAUCGAGAUACCGAGAUAUGCGGUGUUAGACAGAGAUUCACCUGAUCCAAAACACCAUGAGCUGGUGGAGUCAGAGGACCACGUGGAAGUGAACGGCGUGGUGUUCAACAAGCCGUUCGUGGAGAAGCCGGUGUCGGCGGAGGACCACAACAUCUACAUCUACUACCCCACCUCCGCGGGCGGCGGCUCCCAGCGGCUCUUCAGGAAGAUUGGCAGUCGUAGCAGUAUAUAUUCUCCUGAAUCUCGUGUAAGAAAGACUGGAUCUUUUAUAUAUGAAGACUUUAUGCCUACCGAUGGAACUGAUGUAAAAGUGUACACUGUCGGACCUGACUACGCGCAUGCGGAAGCGCGCAAGAGUCCAGCAUUGGACGGCAAAGUGGAGAGGGACUCGGAGGGGAAAGAGAUCAGAUAUCCUGUCAUUUUGAGCAACCAGGAGAAACUCAUAUCUAGGAAAGUGUGUCUCGCCUUCAAGCAGACCGUGUGCGGAUUCGAUUUAUUACGAGCCAACGGCAAAUCUUUCGUGUGCGACGUAAACGGUUUUUCAUUCGUGAAGAAUUCGAACAAAUAUUACGACGACUGCGCAAAGAUACUCGGGAACAUGAUCCUCCGGGAGCUGGCGCCGACGUUGCAUAUCCCUUGGUCUGUCCCGUUCCAGUUGGAUGACCCCCCGAUUGUGCCCACUACGUUUGGGAAGAUGAUGGAGUUGAGAUGCGUUGUUGGGGUCAUCAGACAUGGAGAUAGGACCCCCAAGCAGAAGAUGAAGGUCGAAGUUAGACAUCCCAGGUUUUUCGAAAUCUUCGAGAAGUACGAAGGCUUCAAGCGCGGGCACGUGAAGUUAAAGAAGCCUAAACAACUACAAGAGAUCCUGGACAUUGCGCGCGCGCUGCUGGCCGACAUCCACACGCGGCACGCCGACCCCGAGAUCGAGGAGAAGCAGGGCAAGCUGGAGCAGCUCAAGAGUGUGCUGGAGAUGUACGGUCACUUCUCGGGCAUCAACCGCAAGGUGCAGAUGAAGUACCAGCCGCGGGGCCGGCCGCGGGGCUCGAGCUCGGACGACGGUAACCCCCCGCCCGCCCCGACCCCAGCCCCGACCCCCGCCACCGCACACCACGGGAGCGCGGCGGAGCCGUCGCUGGUGCUGAUCCUGAAGUGGGGCGGCGAGCUGACGCCGGCCGGCCGCAUCCAGGCCGAGGAGCUCGGCCGCAUGUUCCGCUGCAUGUACCCCGGCGGCCAGGGCCGGCAUAUACCUGGCGAAGGCGGCACCCAAGGCCUAGGCCUCCUCCGCCUGCACUCCACAUUCCGUCACGACCUCAAGAUCUACGCGUCGGACGAAGGCAGAGUCCAAAUGACUGCUGCUGCCUUCGCCAAGGGCCUGCUGGCUUUGGAGGGGGAACUGACGCCCAUAUUGGUCCAGAUGGUCAAGUCUGCCAAUACUAAUGGACUGUUGGACAAUGACUGUGAUUCGUCCAAAGUUCAGAACAUGGCAAAAGCGCGACUCCAUGAAGCGAUGCAAGUGGACCGCGAGUUCACAUCGGAAGACCGGGAGAAGAUCAACCCUUGCAACUCACUCAGUAUAGCGGCCGCCAUGCAAUUGGUGAAUAACCCGGUGAGGUGUUGUGCGCAUGUGCACACGCUGAUACAGCAGCUGGCCAAGAUCGUGGCCAACAAAAAGGACGACCCCAAAACCAAAGAUACAAUCUUAUAUCACGGGGAAACAUGGGAGUUGAUGGGCCGUCGCUGGGGCAAGAUAGAAAAGGACUUCUGUACGAAGAACAAGACAUACGACAUCUCGAAGAUUCCUGAUAUAUAUGACUGCAUCAAAUACGACUUGCAGCACAAUCAACACACGCUGCAAUUUGAUUUAGCGGAGGAGUUGUAUAUGUAUGCGAAAUAUCUUGCCGACAUCGUUAUACCGCAGGAAUACGGGCUGACGAUGCAAGAGAAGCUGACGAUAAGUCAGGGAAUCUGCACACCGCUGCUCAAGAAGAUACGGGCAGACCUGCAGAGGAAUAUAGAGGAGUCAGGCGAAGAGACAGUCAAUAGACUCAACCCAAGGUACAGUCAUGGCGUAUCGAGCCCGGGCCGACAUGUUCGCACGCGACUGUACUUCACCAGUGAAAGCCACGUGCACUCUCUGCUCACUGUACUUCGAUUCGGUGGACUUCUUGAUGUGUUAAAAGACGAGCAAUGGCGGCGCGCCAUGGAGUACGUGUCUAUGGUCUCGGAGCUCAACUACAUGUCGCAGAUCGUGGUCAUGCUCUAUGAGGAUCCCACUAAAGAUCCUUGCUCCGAAGAGAGAUUCCACGUGGAGUUACACUUCAGUCCGGGCGUGAACUGCUGCGUGCAGAAGAACCUCCCGCCCGGGCCGGGGUUCCGGCCGCACAGCCGCAACCAUUCCACCACCAACAACGAGCAGAGUUCUUCAGACGAAGUGAAGUGUAUAGAAGAAGAAAGCGAAGACGACCAAAUGGCGAGUCAGGAAACGCUACAGCCUGAUAAUCUGGAUGAAUUAGACAAUGCAUUUUCGCCGAAAAAAACUUCGAAAUCAAAAUUGAGACCAUCAGAUCCCAUUCCAAUUUGCAAUUUGCACUACACGGUGAGCGGACACGAGGCGUCGACCCUCGCCGCCAGACUCAACGCGGAGCUGCGCGCGCGCUCGCAUGUCGACGACCCCGCCAGGGACCAGAUCGAGGAGAAAGAAGCGAAGGACAUUGAAGAGCCGCCGCCCCGGGCUAGGAGCUACGACCAACACAAACAGCCCGACAAUGCUUUUAAAACUCCGUCGCUAACCCCCGAAAUUAACAUCGACGGAGUGGAGUCAUCGACUAACGAGCUUCCUCUGUCCGCGAUCACGUUCGGGGGUCGUUCGGAGGGCUGUAGCGAGUCAGACGACGCAGGGCGGCGCCAGCGGCACAGCAUCGCCGGCCAGAUGAGCUACCUCAAGAUGCUGGGGCUGGGCGCCCGCGGCAAGCUGUCCGGCGCCGCCGCCGCGCUCUUCAGCACCGCCGUCAUCUCGGGCUCCAGCUCCGCGCCCAAUCUCAGGGUCAUGAUACCGACGGCUACUGCUACCAAUAUAGCGGCGCUGGAAGGAUUCGGCGGCGUGCCAGCCAUUCGGCCUCUAGAGACACUACACAACGCAUUGUCUUUGAGACAACUUGAUGCCUUCCUAGAAAGGGUGACAGCUGCACCUGUACUACUGGGCUCUAACCAGCCAACGCCGGCCAGCAAUAAGCAGCCUUCGCCUGCUAAUAGUGUGGGUUGGAGCGGGCCCUCCUCCCUGAUGUCGUCGUCCGGGGAGCUCCCGAGCGGGCUCUCCUCGGCGGGUCCGUCUUCCCCCAACUCCAACUACGCCUCCAACUCGGAACAUCUCAAGAACAACUCUGAAAGUAGCAAUUGGAGUAAAAAUGCGCCGAAGCUCCCCCAGUGGGACGGCGAGGCGGCCACGUUGUGCGCCUACGAGUCGAGCCUGCACCCAUUUUUGCCGCACUCCAAUGUAGCAGAUUCAUCUAUUAGCGGAGACGUGACGCCGGUGUCGCUGGCCUCCGAGCAGGAGGAGUUUAACAGCAACGAGGCCACCGCCGGCUCCAUCACUGACCACGAAAUAUUGAGUGGAGGUGAAGAUGACGAAGAAACACUAUUAGCUGAUGCCAUCGCUACAUCGUUGAGGUACAUUAAGAACGACUUGAGUCCGCAGACCGCGGGUGCACCGCGAGAUGGCGCCGUCGCUUCCACCAGCGGCGCCCUGGCCUCCCCCAACGGACCCUACUCGUCCACAAGCGGAGCCGCCGCCUCCACCAGCGGAGCCCUAGACUUCUACGGUCUCAACAUCCAACAGACGAAGGAAACGUUCUACAAAGACAUGCCAUCCAGCAGCAAAAACUUCAACAUAGACGACGUUAAGAACAAAUGUUCCAAAGCUGAUCCCUCGCAAUACGCUUGCAACUUAGACUCGCUCAACCUACAGAGCAAAAGUAGCGCUAAAUGUAAAAAUAAGAAAAACGACACGUUAAACAAUGGAAGUAGAAGAUAUAGCGAUAGCAGCGCACAAAAAUUUAAUAUUAACCCACAAGUUUCAGGCAGUAGAUUCACGACCACUUUAGUUACCGAAGAGUCGUUGAAACCGAGCACGUCCAGUGAAAGUAAGUCUAACAAUGUAUCCGCGGACAAACCCACCAUAAGGAAGGCUAAUAAUGUUACAGUCAAACCGGGCUUUGCGGUUCCUGAACAGUGAUAUUUUAUGACGAAAUAUACACAAUUUCAAAUUGUUACGAGCAUUUAGAUAAAUUUAAAAUUUUAUAAAGAGGCUAUUUUAUAUUAAUUGAAUUGUGUAAAAUAGCUUUGGAUUAGAUAAUAUUUUUUCGAUUAAUUUAUGUGUAAAAUCAAUGGAAUCAAUGCUAUUUGUUAAUAAAAUGUUAAACCCACAUAAUUUAAAACAAUUGUUGAUAUUUCUAAUCUUGUAUAAAAUUUUCAGAUGUUGAACAUCACCCCGAAUCAUCAAAGGCUAGUAAUGAAAUAUUUGCUUAUGUCAAUGUUUCUCAAUAACAAAAUGUAGUCUUGGAGUAAGUUUAAUACAAAAAGUUGUAUAUAAAAUACAUUAUUUAGAAAAUA